UAAGCUAGUUAUUGAGAAGGGGUGCUGCUCAGUUCACAAAGGUUAUGGAGGGGACCUAAAAAAAGUUUGAAAGCUGUUGCUUUAGACUAAUGCAUCUUGUUGUUUCUGAUGAUCUGAGAUAAGGUUUUGACCCUGGUUUGUAGGCAUUACACAAGGCUUAUUUAUACUGUUACAUAUCAGGGUUUUCUUUGACAAUAAGGCUGUGGAACAGUCCACAGUAUACACGCAGAUAUGGCUUAAGUUCUUAGAACAGCAAUUCUCAACCAGGGUAUUGCAGCAGCCCAGGGUGCUUUGAGAUGCUUUCAAGGUUGCUGUGAAGUACCAUGCAAUGUUAGCACUAUUAGAUGUGCAAUUAUGCUUCACAAUAUAAACACAGAGACUUCAAACAGAAAUCCAGUGUUAAAAAAAAGUCUGACCUGUUGUGAGAUUUUUUGAGCCCUUUACAGUAGACAAAUAGUCUUUUUUCUAUAGUCAAAAAACAAGUGAAAACUAAGAGCUGGCACUUUCUGAUGAGUGCCUGGAGUCUAAUGAAGGGCACUGUUUAAAAAAUGAAUAAAUAAAUAAAAAGGUUGAGUGCUGCCUUAAAUUAUUAGAGACUUAAGGAAACUAGCAUUUUUCUGGUAACAAGCCUACUUCUACAGGCACACUGCUUAAAUAAGCUCAGCUUUUUGCUUUGAAAAAGUUGUACUAAAAAAAAAACACAAAAAAAACCAAUUCUGCAGGUGUUGCCCAUCUGUCAGUAAAGGGCACUAAGUGGCUACCUCAAAAUGAGAGAGUUCUUGGGUGCUGGCACCUUUCUCCUCCUGCUGUGAACCCUUCAUUGCAAGGUCUAUGAAAACAGAGAGGGUCAACCAUGUAAGAGAUGUUCCUCGGGGUGCACGCAAGACCUACAGGAGGAGGAGAAUCCACAAGAAGAAAUGGAAGAAGCUGCCAAAAAACCCAACAUAUGAGAAUAUGGUAUCAAGUUUUCGGGUAUCUGAACUACAAGUGCUAUUGGGCUUUGCAGGACGUAAUAAGAGUGGACGGAAACAUGACCUCCUGAUGAGGGCACUGCACUUGCUGAAGAGUGGCUGCAGCCCAGCAGUUCAGCUUAAAAUCCGAGAACUCUACAGGCGUCGGUACCCGAGGACAAUUGAAAGUCUGACUGACUUGUCAGCUCUAAAACCUUCAGUUUUCAACUUGGACAGUAGUUCUUCACCAGUAGAACCCGACUUGGCUGUUGCUGGAAUCCAUCCGCUACCUUCGACUUCGGUCACCCCUCAGUCCCCUUCAUCACCUGUUGGUUCUGUCCUCCUUCAAGACACUAAACCUCACUUUGAGAUGCAGCAGCCGUCACCUCCAGCUCCACCUGUCCAUCCUGAUGUUCAGCUAAAAACCCUCCCUUUUUAUGAUGUGCUCGAUGUCCUCAUCAAACCUACAAGUUUGGUACAGAGCAGUAUUCAGAGGUUCCAAGAAAAGUUUUUUAUUUUUGCUCUAACACCUCAGCAGGUCAGAGAAAUCUGCAUUUCCAGAGACUUUCUGCCUGGGGGCCGGAGGGAUUACACAGUCCAAGUUCAGCUGAGGUUGUGUCUAGCAGAGACUAGCUGCCCUCAAGAAGAUAACUAUCCCAAUAGUUUGUGCAUUAAAGUAAAUGGAAAGUUGUUUCCGUUGCCGGGAUAUGCUCCACCACCCAAGAAUGGGAUUGAACAGAAGCGACCUGGGCGACCCUUGAAUAUUACAUCUCUAGUUCGCUUAUCGUCAGCAGUGCCAAAUCAGAUUUCCAUUUCUUGGGCAUCUGAAAUUGGAAAGAACUACUCUAUGUCUGUAUACCUUGUUCGUCAGCUUACAUCAGCCAUGCUGUUGCAGAGGUUAAAAAUGAAAGGUAUCAGAAACCCAGAUCAUUCCCGAGCGCUAAUUAAAGAAAAACUUACUGCAGAUCCUGAUAGUGAAAUUGCCACAACCAGUCUGCGGGUAUCUCUGAUGUGUCCUCUGGGAAAGAUGAGAUUGACAAUCCCAUGUCGUGCUGUGACCUGCACACACCUGCAGUGUUUUGAUGCUGCUCUUUAUCUACAAAUGAAUGAGAAGAAACCCACCUGGAUUUGUCCUGUUUGUGAUAAAAAGGCAGCUUAUGAGAGUCUGAUAUUAGAUGGGCUCUUUAUGGAAAUACUUAAUGAAUGCUCUGAUGUGGAUGAGAUUAAAUUCCAAGAGGAUGGUUCCUGGUGCCCUAUGAGGCCUAAGAAGGAAGCUCUGAAAGUAUCCAGUCCACCGUGCACCAAAAUAGAAAGUUCCAGUGUUGUCAGCAAACCAUGUUCUGUGACCGUGGCCAAUGAGACAAAUAAGAAGAAAGUUGAUGUUAUUGACUUGACGAUAGAAAGCUCUUCCGAUGAAGAGGAAGAUCCUCCUGCCAAAAGGAAGUGCAUAUUUAUGUCUGAAACGCAAGGAAGCCCGACCAAAGGGGUUCUCAUGUAUCAACCAUCUACUGUAAGAGUGCCCAGUGUGACAACGGUUGACCCUGCUGCUAUUCCUCCAUCAUUAACAGACUACUCAGUACCAUUCCACCACCCACCAAUAUCAAGUAUUUCAUCAGACUUGCCAGGUCUGGAUUUUCUUUCACUAAUUCCAGUCGAUCCACAGCAGUACUGUGCUCCUAUGUUUUUGGAUAGUCUCACCUCAACAUUAACAAGCAACACCCCUGGCAGCAUCAUCACCUCAACCAGCCACCACGAGAGCAGCACUCACGUUAGUUCUUCAAGCAGGAACGAGACCGGAGUCAUAACUAGUAGUGGAAGCACAAUUCCCGACAUCAUCUCGUUAGACUGAAACCCUGGGCAGCAAGAAACUGGAGAAGCAAUAGCACAGAGCUGCUCACCAUAACCGAGACACGCAACUUCAGCAUCUCGGAAGUUAUUUUGAUAUUUAUUGAAAGACAGAUGGAUUCUGUUGCUUUCUAAAAGCGGAGAUUAAAUUAACUACAGUGACAGUAGGAACUGAAAUGAUUAGAAUCUUUUUGUUUUUUCCCCCACUCGUAAGAGAGAAACUUGGAAUAAAAAGAGACCCAUUCAGAACAGGCCCGCUACGCUGUCCAGCUUGUUCUGGGGAAACGCUUGGUUUUGUUGCCAGAUGGAUUCCACAAGUGGUUUUGUAUUUUUUGUUGUAAUACACAGCAAUAAUGUAAAAAGAGAACUUUUUUUUUUUUUUUAAAUAAUGGCACUUAACCGCUCUAGGAUGACAAGAGCAUAUAUUUAUCCCGGAUACAAGAACAAGGUGCAGAAGUAUGCAUUGCCGAACUUUUAAUCCUUCACUGGGGCCUGUAAUAAACUUCAUUUGAGAGAAUGAAGCUUUGUGAAAUA